CUUGGGCUGGUGCUACGUACUGUGUCCGACCUCUGCGCGCGAGCCUGUGUGCCCACACUUGACAUCGCCGAACCCCCUGCGGGUCACAAGCUAGGACCACCGCAACGCCAUGGCUCUGGAGAGGAAGCGUUCACCACGUCCGGACCACAAUGAACCGCCUCCUUCGAAUGCGUCCACCUCGGCGCGCGCGCGGUUCUCUGCGAACCCCCGCUCCCCUGCAUUCACAAACUACAGAAGCGAGUCUCCCCCUGCCUCCGCGUACUUCUCACACUUCUCUGGCGAUCACCAUGAAGAGCCUCAACCGACUAUGCCUGACGCGGGCGCGCACUUUGCGUACAGUACAACACUGAGGAGACAUACGCUAGAGGGACCACUUGGACUUCCACCACCACCUCCUGGGACGAGUAUCAAUACUCUGGGUGAGCUCCGUAAUGUGGUCGAGACAGAGGGCGCAAGGGGGUUGUGGGACAGGACAGGAGGGAGAGUUGUGUCCGCGUUCACGGAGCGCGACCAGUACGAACGCCUGCCCACGCACAGAGACGAACGUGUGGUACACAAGGAGAGCGCGUCCGCGACCUUCGCGCACAGCUCAAUACAGGACACCCUUGCGCACUUUGUAACAUCCGCCACGGACGGCCUGUCCUCGCGGCGAGUGCAAGAGCUGCUGGCCAAGCACGGAUACAACGAGUUCACGGUGUCAACACCAGAACCUGUCCUCAUAAAGUUCGCGAAGACAAUAUAUGAGAACCCGCUCAUACUAUUGCUGUGCGGAAGCGCUAUAGUCAGCGCUGUCAUGGGAAACAUAGACGAUUCAGUCAGUAUUACUGUCGCGGUACUCAUCGUGUUGACUGUGGGCUUCGUUCAAGAACAACGCUCAGAGAAGAGUUUAGAAGCCCUGAACAAACUAGUCCCACAUCACUGCCAUCUCAUACGUGAUGGAAAACCCCUUCAUAUGCUCGCUAACGAGCUUGUCCCGGGGGACAUCGUGACCUUCACCACCGGAGACCGUAUACCUGCGGACGUGCGUCUGAUCUCCGCCGUGGACCUAGAGAUAGACGAGAGCAGCUUGACCGGCGAGACUACGACGCGUCGCAAAGACACGGAGACGUGUGCUAUGGUCAGCUCCGCGAACGGCUAUGCGAAUGGCCAUAGCAACGGGCAUAUAGCACCCGCGGAAGCAGUAGCAUUGGCGGAACGCUCAUGCAUUGCGUACAUGGGUACCUUGGUACGCAAUGGUCGGGGUGCCGGCGUCGUUAUUGCAACUGGGACCCAAACAGAGUUUGGUAUGAUCUUCUCCAUGAUGCAAGAGGUUGAGGAGAAGCGGACACCUCUGCAACUGAGCAUGGACGAGCUUGCGAAGAACUUGUCCUUGCUGUCAUUUGGCAUCAUUGGCAUAAUCUGUCUCAUAGGCGUCAUCCAGAAGCGGUCAUGGCUGGAGAUGUUCACCAUCGGAGUAUCGCUGGCAGUUGCAGCAAUCCCAGAAGGGUUGCCCAUCGUCACCACAGUCACUCUUGCGCUAGGUGUGCUGAGAAUGUCAAAACGCAAGGCGAUAGUCAAGAAGCUGCACUCGGUCGAGGCGCUCGGUUCGGUGUCGGUCAUUUGCUCGGACAAGACUGGCACGCUCACGAAGAACGAGCAGACGGUGACAGAAGUCUACUCGGUCGACGAGACCAUCACGCUUGACCACCACUCGCCCGUUGCGCCCAGUGUACAUGUUAGCCCGUCUUUACACAAAACACUCGCCAUCGGAGCGUUAUGCAACAAUGCGGUGAAGAACGAGGAGGGGGAGUAUGUUGGCCAAUCGACCGACGUCGCCCUCUUGAACGUCCUUCCGCUCUUUGGCUUGACCGACCAACGUCAGGACUUCACGCGGCAAUCGGAACUGCCUUUCAGCUCCGAACGGAAGUACAUGGCGGUCAGCGGCGUGCACGGUGCCUCCUCCCCGUCCUUGAACGGCAUGGCGGUAAACGGUGCGGCCCGCGAGAUGUACUACAUCAAGGGUUCCAUCGACGCCAUCCUCGAUCGCUGCAAGUUCUACUACGUCUCGGACGACUCCACCCCAGCACUCGACGCGAACACCCGCAGCGUCGUCCUUACCAAGGCGCAAACGACCGCGUCGCGCGGCCUGCGUGUAAUCGCUGUUGCAUACGGCUAUGGCGCUGUGGAGACCCCGGCUUCCAGCGCACCCCCGUCCCUCGCUGCUAGCCGCGCAGGAACCCCGAGCUCUAUGCUCGGUGCCAACGACAAGUCGAAUCUCGUGUUUGUCGGGUUUCAGGCGAUGCUCGACCCUCCCCGCAAGGGUGUUGCGGACGCGAUCAGCCUGCUGCAGACCGGCGGGGUGCAGGUCGUGAUGAUCACGGGUGACGCGGAGGAGACUGCGCUGUCUAUCGCGCGCGCACUUGGCCUGCGUGUGGGCACGGGGAACAGCGGGUGCUUGACGGGUCGGGCUAUUGACCGGAUGAGCAAGCAGCAGCUACGGGAGAUGGUAGGGGGCGUAAGCGUGUUCGCGCGGACGACUCCGAAGCACAAGAUGGCGAUUGUAGAGGCGUUCCAGUCGCGGGGUGCGGUUGUCGCUAUGACGGGAGACGGAGUGAACGAUGCACCUGCACUAAAGAUGGCAGAUAUCGGUGUCUCCAUGGGCAAGAGCGGGACGGAUGUGGCGAAGGAGGCGGCCGAUAUGAUUCUCGUCGACGACAACUUUACGACUAUCUUGCCAGCUGUGGAGGAAGGCAAAUCCAUCUUCCACAACAUCCAGAACUUCCUCUCCUUCCAGCUCAGCACGGCGUGCGCGGCGCUGACGCUGAUCACCCUCUCCACCCUCUUCGGCCUGAGUAACCCCCUGAACGCCAUGCAGAUCCUCUUCAUCAACAUCCUUAUGGACGGCCCUCCAAGUCAGUCGCUAGGCGUCGAUCCCGUCGACCCGCAGGUCAUGCGCAGGCCUCCGAGAAAGAAGGAUGCGCCGAUCAUCAGUCAACGCCUCAUCUACCGCGUGCUCUUCUCCGCAUCGAUCAUCGUCAUCGGCACUCUGUUUGUCUACGUCUACGCCCUCGCGGACGAACAGGGUAUGUCGCGGCGAGAGCAGACGAUGACCUUCACCUGCUUCGUCUUCCUCGAUCUCGUAUCUGCGGUGCAGAACCGCGGGCUCGGAUGUGGCCUUACGCAGAAUCGGAUGCUCGUGACGACGGUGUCAACGUCGUUCUUCGUUCAGCUCGCGCUCAUCUACGCGCCGCUCCUCCAGAGCGUGUUCCAGACGGAGGCGCUCGGCUUAGCGGACCUGUUCACGCUUCUUGCGCUCGCUGGUGUAUCCGCGACAUUGCACGAGGCGCGGCGACGGUAUGAGCGCAAGCUGAACGCUUCGAUCACAUUCUCUAGCACGGUUGAGGAACUGGCAUGAGGGGAGUAUAUAGAUUCUGGUAAUAUAUGUUUGCUUUCUGGAUGAUUUUUGGACCUUGGACCCAGC